GCUGCUUUUUCUUCUUGGACUACUGGGUCUGUUGGUUUAUUGAGAUGUUUUGGAGGGCUUAAAUUGGUUUGUGUGCUAUGUGAUGCUGUAGCACACAAUCUUUGGUUUUUUCUGAGAUGUUUUGGAUUAUGGCAGUGUUAUCCUUUUCACUCUUAGGUUGGUUAUGCUAUAGUCAGUUAAAUGGUCAGGCAGUUUUUGAUAAAGUUGCAUGGUUGUCUAUUUUGUUGGAAGAUGUUGUAUACAGUAAGUGAUCUCUUUCUUUUUUCCGGUAUUCCAGGUGCUGCAGUGCAUUUAUGCUUGUCUGAAUAAUGUUUCCACAUAGUUCCUCUUGUGGGAGGUUGGUUUGUUAUUUUGGUAAGGGAGCACUGGUUAGUAUGGGUUGUUUUUCUCAAUAGACGUGUGUCUCUUAUUUGCCAUUGUUUCCUCUACUGAUAAGGAUAUCCAGGGAGAGUAGUUGUUGUUUUCUUCCUACCUUGUCAAUUUUAUUCCUUUGAAGAUAUUGUUGAUUGUCUUGUGUUGUUCCUUUUCUAUUAAGACAAAAGUGUCAUUUACAUACCAGAUCCAUACCAGAUCCAUGUUUGGUUUCAUGUGUGGGAGUACUAUAGUUUCUAUACACUGCAUUAGGCUGUCUCCUAUGACUCCUCCUAUGUUCCUAUGGGUGUGCCUCUGAUUUAUUGGUAUAUUUGUCCAUCAAACUGGAUGUGAGGCAGAGGCUGAUGUGGUUUAUUAUCUGGGUACUUUGAUUUUAGCAUAUUUGUCUAAAUCAGGCAUGCUCUGUAGUACUGAUGCAAUGGAUUCCUUUGCUAAUUCCCAACCUAUAGACAUGAAGGGUUUUAUGACAUCAAAUGAAAUUAUAAUUUCAUCUUCCUCUAUUUUUAGGGCUUUGAUUUUCUGGAAUCACUAUGGUGGGGUGUUGAUGUAAUAUUUACUUUCCUUUACGAGGUGUCCAAGCUUCUUCUUCUUUUUUGUGACUAUAUUGUAAAUUAGGGUCUCUCAGAAUGGUACAAUUGGAUAAAGAGGUAUGUUGGACUUGUGUAUUUCUGGGUGUCCAUAGAAAUGUGGGAGAAUGGGUCCACUGCUUUUCAUUUGCCAGAGUUCUUGUCUUUUAUAAUUUGAUCUUUCUUGGGUAGACUCUUAAGGGGCUUUUUGAUGUGGUUGUCCAGUUUCUGUAUUUAUUAUGGAGCCAUCUAUAACUUUGUAUCAGUUUCAGGUUAAUAAUGAGAUGUUAAACACAUUGAAUAUGAGAUAUUUCAUGGGAUUUCUGUUGAAAGGAGAGGAUGGAUCGGGGGUGAAAUGCUACCAGUUUAGACUGGUUCUGCUGUCCAGUGGGGACAAUUUUGACUGGUUUGGAGAACUGGUGAAGGAAAACCAGGUUUCUCCACUGGGAACUUCUAUGACUCAGCUAUGGACUCAUAUCUGAAAAACAUUCUUGUGAUUUCAUUUGGAUUCACAUUUCUCUUUACUGCUUAUGGAGGACUCCAAAACCUUCAGAGCAGCCUCCACUCCGAAGAAGGCCUGGGAGUUGCCUCCCUCAGUGUGAUCUAUGCUACUCUCAUCCUGUCCUCCAUGUUUCUCCCAUCUGUCAUCAUUAAGAAAUUUGGAUGUAAAUGGACCAUUGUAGGCUCUAUGUGCUGCUACAUUACAUUCUCUUUGGGAAACUUCUAUGCCAGCUGGUUUACACUCAUCCCCACAUCUAUGAUCUUAGGGCUGGGAGCAGCCCCCCUUUGGUCAGCCAAGUGCACUUACCUUACUGUGGCCGGCAAUUUAUAUGCUCAGAAAGUGGGCAAAAUUGGAAAAUAUAUAGUUACCCAGUAUUUUGGAAUCUUCUUUUUGAUAUACCGAUCCUCUGGAGUCUGGGGAAAUCUAAUAGCAUCUCUUGUCUUCGACCAGACUCCUAAUAAAGCAAAUCUUACAGAAGCAGAUUUGGAGUGCUGUGGUGUAGGCAGCUGCAUGGCAAACACCACAAAUAGGACUGUGACGUCCAAAGGACCAUCUAAUACUUUAAUCUAUACUUUGAUGGGAAUCUACACAGCUAGUGAGAUUCUAGCUGUGUUGCUAGUGAUUAUAUUUCUGGAUCAAAUCUCAACCAACCAAGCCGAGAGUGAAGAAAAGUCUGUGUCAUCCUUUAGAUCCACUUUUCUGGAAACAUUUCAACGUCUUAAAGAUAAACGCCAGUGUCUCUUGAUACCUUUGACUAUGUACAGUGGACUUGAACAAGGAUUCCUGGCUAGUGACUAUAAUAAGUCCUAUGUGACCUGUGCUCUUGGGAUAAACUUCGUUGGGUAUGUGAUGAUCUGCUUUUCAGCUACAAACUCACUUGCCUCCUUGCUGUUUGGCAAGAUUUACCAGUUCACCGGUAGAAAGGUUCUGUUUACAUUGGGUGCCAUUCUCCAUCUCAGCUGCAUAAUAGUGCUAUUGCUCUGGAAACCUCACUCAAACCAACUUGCCCUAUUUUUUAUAAUACCUGCCAUCUGGGGUGUAGCAGAUGCUAUCUUGCAAACACUAACCAACGCUCUCUAUGGAAUUUUAUUUGAGAAGCACAAAGAGGCAGCCUUUGCAAAUUACCGCUUGUGGGAGUCAUUGGGCUUUGUCAUAGCCUUUGGCUACAGCACCUUCUUAAGCGUCUCCAUCAAACUGUAUAUUCUAGUAACUGUACUGAUUGUGGCAAUGGUCUUAUAUGGAGCAGUCGAAUACCUGGAAUCCAAAGUGUCUUCUAGAACACCUCACACUGCUAACCAGGAGCCAAUCAUAUCACAGCAAAAUGCUCAGUCAACCAAUCUCUAAGUAAGGAAAUCUAUGUAGAAAAGAUUUCUACAAGAAAAUCUAUGUAUUUAGAAUCCUUUUCUACAUAGAUCAAAGCUUGCAUAAGGAUAUUUACCAGACAGCAGAGAAGGGCCUGAAUGAUGGCCAUGAGAGGGCUCGAGGCACUGCUAUAACAACGUGCGUAGGAUUUUUUGGAUUCUUCUUUUGUGAUAAGACUGUGCAGUAUUAUGAACUUUCCUCAUACAGACUAAGCCCAACCUACUUCAUAGGAUGGUUGUUAUGGGGAACAAAUCAGAGGAUGGAGUCCUGUGUAGGCCACCUGAAUUGCUGGAGCAAAGAUAAAUAGUCAACAAAUAUAGCACUGAUUUUCAUUUUAUCUAUUUUUUUUAAAAAAUGUGGUUUUUUUUUCAAAAUCAA